GAGAAGAAAACAAUAAAGUGAGAUCUUACAUUACAAGCGCAAAAGCCAGUUCAAUCCUUCCCACACCUUUUGUUUGAGUUAACGCUUCAAGACCACAUAUUAUACUCAAUCUUAAAAUCAUCACAAUGACUUUGAACCCUCUAAGCAAUGCUCCAAUCAUCGCACGCAAGUUUGGGCGCACCCUAGAAAGAGUCGAGCAUCUUUCCAACGUGUGUCUGAAAUAUCAAAAAGUCGGAAAGGUUGGAGUAACUUGCCAAUUUCGACUCUCUAAGUCUAAAUGGGGAGUUUUGGGAGAAGCUCAAAAUCCUGCGGGGGUUAUUUAUAUGAGCCUUGGAUUUGAUCAGCCAAACGAUUGCAGAUUAUCGAGUGCAAUAGUUUCAAUCACGUUAGAAGAUAGCGAGCCGACAGAGGCCACAGAAAGGCGGUCCAUUCAAAAGUCUGUAUCGGAUCGCCUUCAUAUUACCGAUCAAUAUGGUCCCAAGCAACUAUUCGGUCCGGAAAGACGGAUGCUGGUGAAAAAAAACCUACGUCUUACUCCAAAUAUUAACAUCCUUGGCAAUGGUGGUGGUGGAGUAGGGCUAGACAUCUCUAAGGAAGUAACCCUAAGUCACAGAUGGAUAUUCAACGGAAGUCUAAGACCUGCAACUCAUCCCACCCAUAAAAGUCGACAUACAGCAAUAUAUAGAACAUUGGAAUGGGAGCUUGCAGAGAGCGAGUUCGAACUGCAUACAACGCAUAGCAAUAUGAUCCAUACUGCCUUCGCCUUUGAACAUGAUGGCAGGCCUUUCUUAAUGGAAGUUAACAUAAAAGGGAAGUUGAAAAGCACGAAGGACAAAAUCUUGAGACAUCUGAAGUUUUCUUCGGACCAAGACAAAAGCAAGGGCUCUUCCACAACGUUUGUUCAUCUUCCGCGAGGGGACCACAAUAGCAUGCGUCUCGAUGCCCUCGCCAACAGUCUUCCGAGGAUGAUGGAGAUAGAAAAUUUAGAAGUAGUACCAACGGAAGUACCCGAUGCACUACCUGCAUCAAUUUUUAUGGGAGGGAUCACGACAGAGACGGCCAGAGAAAGAAACGGGAAGAAAAGUGAUGGGCCAGCGACAUUUGCCAGACCAGGGCAGUCCACGCUCGUAGCAACUUCUACCGAACGCGUUAUUGUCCACAGCAAACCUAUUGGUCUAAGGGCGGCCAAUCCAGAUCCACAGGAUCCGACGUACCCAUCUCUCGAAAAUCUCUCAAGGGCAUCUUUUAUUUUAACAAACACGCCUCGAAAUGGGACGGGAAUCUCCGAACAGCGUCCGAAGAACACAUCAGUGACAAUAUCAGAGCCGGGAGUGGAUCUGCAGGAUGAAUCACAAUCAGAGAAUGGAUCGUCCUGGUUUCCAUCAGAUACCACCUUAGUUGAAGAGCAAGAUGCGGAGCAACUGGUAGAGGGGGUACGGCAGACGAAGCAUAAGGAUAUUCAGGAUGGUUUGCUUCUGCUCUCGGAGUCGCCCUAUUUGAUGCUGAUCCUAAAGCUAUUGCUAGGAUUAAUGACGGUGUUCGGAAAGACUCGAAAGCGCCUUAGAAAGCUAUCGUCUUCUUAUGAAAGUAUUGACAAGGACAGCACAGCGAGCCAAGACUAAAGAGGCAGGAAUAGUCCGGGUGGGGGGUAAUUAAGAUAGGCGAAGUCUCGUGCUAGAGAUUCUUUUAGCUGUAGAGCAUGAUUGGGUCAAUAUGGAGUUGGAGUUUCUUGAAAACACAAUUUAGUAAAUCGUGGAAUUGUAAUGUAAUAUCAAAAUUCCAUUCCACGUACACAGAUAUAUGGACGGCAGAAUUUGUGGCUAGUGAAUGUGGCGAGGAAAUUGAAUGCCAUCAUUGCGGUCAAGAAAGAUUGAAUCAAGUCCACCAGUGAGCAUAUGAACUAAUAGGACACUGCAGAAAUGGGCUUGCAAAUAUAUCUUAAUAUACCGAUCUAUGCGAGUAUAUCUUUGGAAUUUUUACAAAGAUCUAUUCGAUAUUGAACAAUGAAAAGACA